AGAUCCCCUUCAGACGAGUUACUUAUGCGUGGUGAAAACUCGUUCCCCAACGAGGUCGAAGCAUGUAGUAGUUUCGCUUGGGUUUCUUGUUCUUUUUCGUACACUACUUGUUGUAAAUUUUUCAUCAUUCUCUCCAUGUUCCGUGAAAAUCUAAAGCAUUCCCCGUAAUUUGUUGUUUAUCAAAAUCAUUUCUUUUUUACCUUGUGUGUUUCCGCUGUCUACUGCUUUCUGCUUGUCGAGUUUUCUCCAAAAUUUGCAGCAAGGAGCGGAGUUCUUGAACGCGGAGAGAGGAGUUCCUGAAUCACACAACUCCGUCGGAAAAAACUCGUCGAACUACAACUCGCGGGGUGUCCGGGCAACUGUGUGGAAGAAGCAGUCGCGAAUUCGUUUUCGUUUCAGCGAAGGUGGUGAGAGCAGCUCUUGUGUUCUUCAGUUGACGCGACGCGGACCACUCCGGUUGUAUUCGAUUCUACGAGAGUGCACACGACCUCCGAUCUACCAAUCCACCGCACUUGUCAUGCAAAAUACCACUACAUUCACAGAUUCAUUGUCGUGGUGUGCAUGAACAAAAUUAUAAUACUUCCUGGAAAAGCACUGGCACACUCGUCAACGCGUUUCUUUGUCAUGCGGAGGCUGCAAGGUUGCCGUUCAUCCCUCUUAUUGCCGUUGUAGAUGCAAACAUGCAAAUGAGGCGGAGGGCGGGUGGUCGGGGUUGUCCACUUUGAUGCCAAAGAACCUGACUGAACGGGGAAGAUGACGAAGGGCGCGACGUUCGUGGUGGCGGCGACGGUGGGUGGUUUUCUUCCCGGGGUGGAAGGCAGUGGGAUUGACGGCGUUCCAUUCGACCCGAAAAAACCAUUCACGGUUCAGUUUUGUGACGAGCACGGCAAGACCGCGGGCACUGUUGCGACCCGCACGCAGGACGGAGCAGUUGUCUGGGUGACGGAAACGGGAAUGAAAUCGGGUAAGUACACGGAAUUGAAUUUUCAAUUCGAAGAAGGCUCCUUCCGAUGGGACGAAGACACGGAGAAACAGGAAGUGGAACAGCAUGGCCACACCUACCGUGUCCAAGACGAACCGCCCCGGGGUUGUGGUAAAAUUUCUGUGGCGGGUCAACGUGGGUGCCUCGGGACCAAUGCGGCCGACAAGAAUAAACUGAUCCUAGGGCAAGAAUGCGGAGACGACCAGAAGAGCAUCCGGUGGUGCCUUUCUUCGAGUAACCUCGACUGGAAUACUGGGACUGACGACAAGGGUGAAUAUUUUGUGCAUGAUAAAGCUUAUCGUACCGGAAAAUACUGGCAUAUCAGUCAUGUUUGUCACGCGUUUGGCACGUCGCAACUAUUUCUUCCUGGGAUAUAGUUAAGAGUAUGCAAUUUUCGCUCCCAUGUGCGUCGCGAGCAGGUUUGCGGUACUGUUUACGCAAGACAAACGUGCCAUACAGUUUUCCGGAUGAUAAAUUGCCUUUCAGCAUCGCGGAAAGCAACCACUUAGCAAGUACGCUUUGGACAGGUUGGAUACCGACCUGGUGGUCGGAAUAUGAUUACGUAACAUCGGAAGCAAGCAGGAAGGGACAUAAAAGCGUGUUUCUGAAGCAAGAUGGAGGUGAAAUAAAUGUCGCCCGGCUGCAGCCUCCACAAUCCGGGUCCUCUGCUGCACCGGAACAGGCGGUACUUGUGAUUCUACUGAAGUAUAUGCAAGUCGUUUCCUCGACCUCGUUGUCGUUUCCCGACUGGGAAUGUCUGCUGGAUGCUUUAUUGUUUUCUGGGGAUUUCGAUUUAUUAUUAUUUAUGAUAAGUUGUAGGUUACACACCUUCCUCUUUUUGGGGCGUGAUCUGAUACCAGGUGUGCCGCGACUUAGAAAUUGCUGUAGAUAGUAGAGCAAAAUGUUUUAUUUCCGUACUCACUAGGGAAACUAAGAACACUCAUGGCGACGAGAGCAGUUGAAUUUUGAAUUUGAUCAUGUCUUUACAGCUGCACGGUGAAGAAGAACCAGGCCACGAAGCCGAGGAUGUGGGAACCGGCGAAGCAGGGCACGCGCUUGCGGGUGGGAACAUUUUCCAGGACGACCUCCACGAGGAGGUACAUUUUUCUUUUUAGUUUCGAUCGCUCGGUGAUUUAUGAGCUGUAAAAGCACUACACCAUGCUGUCUUGAAGACCAAGAUCGCGGUAGGGGAAAAUCACACUGCUAGCGCUUCUUUCUUUUCGGCCUUCAUCGCAGCCUCGUGGCGGAAACACAGUCGUGGACUUCUGCGCAACGAGAUCUUGUCCUACAAGCCGCGAGACCUCCGCUGCCGCUGCGCGGAAUGGCUUGCGCUCAGCUGUACUCUCUACGGCUGCCGCCUGCACACUUACACCACAGAAAGUCGACAACAGAGCAGAGGGCUACGACGCUUUUUUUUGCGACAUAGUAAAGGCGCAGCACCAUAGCAGGAUCGACCGCUUAGGCGAAAUGCAGCCCCAGCCUGCAGUCGUGGUGCUUUCCUGGCGACAAUAUUUUGUAGCCUCUUGUCGACCACGAAAUUUGAAUUUCGAUGGCCUGUUCUGGGGAAUGUAAGCUUGAAUUUUGGCACUGCACCUAUAACAGGACAACGUUGCCGCCGCUUUCGAGGAGCUAGUCGACGAGAACGGAGAACCUGCUUGGCUACUGGCGCCCCAAGAUGUUGCUGAUGUUAUCCUUACCAAAACAUUCCUCGUUUUCUUCAUGACGUGUAUUUGUUGUGCUUGUGCAUCUGUAAAGGCAGCAAUUUGCGUAUCUCGUGGCAUGUUGUAGGCAAGUCGGAAGAUAGGUCCGGGCAUGUAUAUACAAGAUCAACAAAGCGCCGUCAGAGGAUGGACGACUGUGCCUCCAGAGGCAAGACUUGUGAUGGCGGCCCGCAGGAUGCCGAUGCGUGCUCGAGCGGCAAAUUAUACACAGAUGAAACAGGCGGGGAAUGUCUUCGGUGCAAUAUUCAUUUGGUCCGACGAAGGGGGCAGUGGUGUGUUUAUUCAAUCAAAGCUCAAACUGGGCUAAAAAAAAUUUGGCAUGGAUGCUGGCGACCGCGUAGCCUAAGCAUUGCAUGGAGGCAGUCGUUCAUCAAAAUUGCGCACAUAGCAAUUCUCUCCCAAGGGAUUUGGUGCAACAAGCUGGAAGCAGCGUUUUGCGUGCUGCUUGUCGUCUUGCAAGUUUUCAGACCGGACGCGUCCACGGGCGGCAGUGGGUUUGCACUUGCUGCCGGCCGCUGGAACGGAGCGUCGGGCUCGCUACCCUUGUUAAUUCCGCGACGGUGUUAUUUUCACUUGCCCAAAAACUUUGCUUGAAUACUGCCUUUAGCUGAUGUGAAUCCGGAGGAGACACACACCAAGUACUGGGCUUUUCUUGCGGAAGAAGGGUUUCGGGCGUGCAGGGGAAGGGUUUGUCCUUGUCGUGUACUAUCGCUUGUUGAAAAACACGACUCGGGUGGAGUGCCGUCGUGGAACUUCGUUUGGGUCAGCCCUAGCGGAUCCGCCAGUGCUGCACCAGACGAGAAGUGGUGGGUGGAUAGGUCUAUCCUCGAAAGCGACGAACCAGCUUGCGAACCACAGACACCGCGAGUGAACCUCUGUAAAGUCGAGUUGGGGCAGCCGGCAGCUGACGUAUUUUCUAUUUGAUUUGGAAUCUACUCUGUUGAAGAAACAAAGGCCGGCUCUGCUGUUACCACCCACUGAGUUUUUAGGUCCAGAAUUUUCGCUUUUAUCCAGAGCGUGUUGAAGUGAAAGACCCCUGCCUCAAACUCCGAUUGAAUAGAGGCAAAGCAAAGUAGAAGUCCGAUGGAUCUCAGUGGCUGUGACGCUAGUGCUGGCCCCCCGUAUCGAAUGGAAAUGGGAUAUGUAAUCGCAUAGGGUCCGCCUGCGGAGCAGGCACUUGUGCUCUGACGGUCGUAUCAGGAAUCAAAAUCAUUUGCAGUGAUCUCCAGCUUGCAACUUGAGAGUCCCGCCCGCCACUGUGUUGGGAUCUUUUGAGUUUCGCUUUUCUUUGCUCCGCACUGCACUCACCAACGUAUUUAAGAGGUACAUUCAAAUCUCUCCAGGUACAAGGAGAUGUGCGCGACGAGGGCGGGCUUGAGAGAGAAGCAGCAGCGGGAGCAGCAGCAGCACCCGAAGCCGCAGAAGUUCCCGAAGCAGAAGCAGAAGCAGAUGAAACCGAACGGGCAGCAGAAGCCGAAGCCGAAGCCGCAGCGGCAUCACCCGAAGCCGAAGCAGCACCACCACCACCACCCGACUCCGGCCAGGUAGUAUUUUUGUUUCGCGCCCUUUUCCUCACCGCAUACUUCGACGCGGAGCCUUUCCACCUGUUUCUCGUCGAUGAACAACACGACGUAGAAGUAGAUGGAACAGCGAUAACAUACCUGAGUUUGACCUCGUGGUUGACGAUCAAGAUGAGAGGAAUUUGUCUUGCAUAAAACCCGAGAGUAACUCUGACAUUCUCGGACGUCAUUGAUGUUUGAUUGCAAGCAUGAUAGUAGAUGCAAAAACUAAAACACGUGUCUAUCAGGUUGCCGCCGAAGAAAUAUUGCAAGGAAUUCAAAGGGGAGAAGCUUUUACCAUGACGUUCACGACCGGGUCGAGCGGGGACAAGAUCGUUCACCGGGUCGGCGGAGGCUGGUCGCCGUGGAUCAGUGCGCUAACGCCCGACGAGGUUUCUUUGGUACCCGAGGGAACUGGAGCGUCGAACCAGUUCCGUCUGGUGGAGCCGUUGCCUAGCGGUACUGGAUCGCUGUGUGGCAAGCUGGAAGCGAUUGGAGCUGCGCCGGGCUCCGGUAAACACUUCGUUACCUGUCCUACAUUUGGCACGUCAAACGGGUUUAAAGUACAGCUCACAGGACAAUCGAGGCUCGCCUCGGUCGUGUGUUUCGAAUUCCAAGAGGGCCACGGUUGGAGGGUGACGAAAAGCGACGGGGGAAGGCGGCGCAUGGUCGUGCAGGGACGUGUUCCUGCAGGUGCAAAACAAAUACGCGAAGUAAGUUAUGCCGCGCCGUUUUUUUUCGCGCUGUCGAGUAGUGUGCUAGCGUGCUGACUGCGUUCUGUAUUAAUCAAACACAUGAGGCAGUGCGCAUUUGGAAACGCGGCUAGUUGAUGCCAUGUGCAUCGAGCGAGCCUAGCCCUUUCAUGCAUGGUCGUACUGAUUUACAGAGCAAAACCAAAAGCAGCUUCCGCCAGGGGAUUCCACACAAAGACACAAUCAGAGAAGUUUGCAUUGGUAUUUGUGUCGUGAGCAGAUUAGGUGUGCAGCACAAGAAAGACGGGGGGAUGAAAGGCGGUGGUAGUCUUAGACUUGAUACGAGAGCCAGAAUGUGCUAUGGACAGACAACAAGAAAGUGCCCACGGACGAGGCGCACGUGGUACGAAAAGAAUUGUCCCUACCUCUACCCCACAGCCCGCCCUAGCGACGGCUCUCUUAAGUAUUGCUACCCCAGAGGUGCUGGCGGCAUCCCCACGAAAUGAAAUGCGGACAUUUUUUGCAUGAAUUGAUUUGGAUUCUCUUGGUGAUGAGUACCGGUUGGAGAAGAUUUGCGGGCCGACGCCGCAAUCUGUCACUUGCUUUGUCAUGUUGACCAAAAACAACCUUCUUUCUUUGCUCCUGAUGUAUUCUCGACAGGCACCGUUGGCACGGUGAUGUCGUGGCAUAAGUAGUGAAUACGAGUUGCGUUAUUUGUGGAGAACGGAAGAGGACAAGCACAAGCAAUCCGGUUGCUGAGCUGGCUCCUUUUCCCGCAGGAGACCGGCUUUGUCUCCGUCCGAGCCUUCCAGCACUGUCGGCCACCUACCGAAGCAGCGUUUUGUUCCCAGUUGAGAUGAGAUGUUCUGCGGGAACUUAUGUUCUGUUUAUGUGCCUGCGAAGGGGGGUGUUUUGCUGGUAGAGGUAGAGAUUGCCUUUCCAUAGACGCAAAUCGAUCUUCUGGUGAAUGCAGAACAUGACGAUGACCCGGAGGCAGCUCAGGUACUACCUAUACAAAAAGAGGUAGAGUCAACAGGCGGCUUUUUAGUGCAUUUCGUUUUUUGUAAUCGUAAUCGCCGUACUAGUGUACCAAACUACGACAUUGACUCCAACUCGGGGAUGUCAACCCGUCUCUUGACGUCAACAACAGGCUCGUUCCGAUUACGACUACUACCACCCUCACGGUAAAGAUCCCCUCGAAACGGAUGAUGAGCACUAUCGCAUGUAUGACCAAGGCACCGUCAACGAGGAUCAGAACCAGGGCUCUCCGCGCGAGGUACAGUUCCUUCACUGCUUUAAUCUUUGCGAUACUUCACCAACAUCGUUCAGCUGGACACUCAUGUGUGCAGCCGGCCGACGUUGCAACAAUCAAAGUGGUUUCAGCCACCAUUUCGCGCCCAAAUAGUAGAUUCGUUCUGUCGUGCAGCAGUGAAUCCCAGGGGCCCGCACGAGGUCAAUCUUCGAUAGUUCUUUCUUCUUUCCGAUAUAACCGCAACGCGCAGUCGAAGAAGUUGGACCCUUUGUUGCCGUGCGGUGGUAAGAAGUCGGCAGCUGUUCGUCGUCCACUUUUUAGACACACGGAUAAAGGCUCUGGACCUUUUGUCCGUUUCGCGACGAAUGGCGAACGUGCGCGCACAAACGCGCAAACCGACGAAAAAAAGCUAAUUCGACUAUUACAGGUCGGAGUAAAAAGUCAUGUCUGAGUCAAAUGCGCGUUGCGUAUGCGUUGGCUUGGUCGUGCGUCAACUUUUCCUCAACCCAUUUUUCAGGAGUCUGCUGGCCAGGACGAGAAGUUGGGGCCUUAUGAUGAAGUUGAGGCAGCGAAAGGAGCUGGAGUCGAACAAGAAAGGCUAGAGGAAUGGCUAGGGACGGUAGUGCAUCGCUUUUUAUUUGUUUUGCGACUCCUAUAGGUUUGGCUGGAGGACGUGGCUAAUCUAUGUCAUCCUAAUUUUUAAUAUCGGAUAUGAGCCAGCACCAGGUCGUUGUCCUUCAAAAGGUGAAAAUAAAAGAGGUCCGCACGACCAUGAACAAAGACAACGAUAGAAGUCGUCCGCCAACUGACUAAAAGACAACGUGGUGGACGAACAAGCAAGAGUUGAUCAUUUAUGAUUGAAGAUGAUGAAGAACAUCAUCGGCAUCAUGAUCCGCUUCCUCUUCCUAGCAUUCGCGACCGAAACAUCAGAUUCAAAUGCGCCGAACCGGGAUUGUGCUUUAUGUGUAGUAGGCCACAGGAACUGCCUGUCCAUGGUGUGUACUCCUCGAGCCGGAAGGCGGGAUACAGUUCAGCGGCAAUGGGUAAUCGAAAACCUCCCAAUAAGCGUAUCGUGAUUGUAUCCAAAUUACACCAACAGCCUUCAUCUCCGGCGGAAGAAAUACCGGGCCAAGUUGUCUUCGAUGAGAAACAGCCGUUUGUUCUGAAGUGGGCGAAUCCACUAACCAAGAAAGGCGCCGAAGACGUCGUCGCACACGUGACAGGGGGAAGCAAGAUGCAGAAAGCGGAGGCACUUCAGACCCUAACCGCGGACAAGAUGAAUCAAGUAGAGCAAAAGGUCAUGGAGCUGCAAUUUUUUGAACCUCAGGCUGUGCAAGACGGCAAAGGGGUCACAGAAAUUUGCGGAAAAAUGUACGUGGUGUCCGGCUUUGAGCCCUGGACGAGCAAGUGCAUUCAAAAGGGCGGGCUCGCGCAGCCAACAAAGCUUUUUCCUUGGAGAUCCUGUUCAGGUUCCACCGGAAUAGCCAGGGGCGUGGCGCAGAAGUUUUGUCUUUUCGAACAGUCGGCGGCUGCAGACGACGGGAAGGGGGCGAGGCUAUGCAUUUCGAAACUUGUCUGGGUUAGAGGAAGGGCGUCAUUGUAUAUGUGCGCCGUCUUUGUAGUUGACUUUCGCCGGGAAGCAAACUGAGAUCUAUGCAUGAGAGCACGAGAGACAUCAAUGAUCGCUGCAGCGCAAGGCGUUUUUGUACGCAAGUGCGCCACGCACUGUGAUGGAUAUGGGUUUGGCACAUAGGCCUCGUCCGUGUUCGAAGAUGAAUCAAUGGUGCUGCUGACACAAAUUCGGAAUCAAUGGCGCUGCUGACACAACUUCAGUGAUACAGAUUCUGGACUCAGCACUUUUCCCGACCCAGACGCAUUUGCAGUCGAUAGCACUUUCGGAUUCAUGCGUUUGGCAAGCCCGCCGAGCUGCUGACAACGCGCCAAGAUUUCGGACGAGGAUAUUCAAACAACUAUCUGCACUUGGAUCCCCAAGUCCAGCUUAACGCGCCGAAGGACCUGAUCCUAGUGCAAGGAAACCAGCGGGUGAAAGCGCUUAGCGAGGUGAAGGGUCCGUCCACUACCGCCGCCUUCGCAAGCGGAGGAACGACUGCGGGCACAGUACUGCUAGCUAUUUUCAUUUUCCGACGUUUACAACCCUACACGUUAAUGUUAAACGAUAAAAAGUCACCCGAACCGGCGAUUUUUCUUGCUCUACUAGCGACGCGCCUGACAUUGUAUCGUAAUAGAGUGCAUAUAUACUUUUGUACAGAAUUAUCAGAAACAACACGGCAGCUCUAGUUUUUACAGAGAACGAGCUGUGCAGAUCUGGUUGAUAUUAUCAAUCUCCUGCAAAGACAUAAAUAGACCGGUGCUGUUGUUCUUUGAUGGGGAGAUGGGAUUUCGAAUGGAGUUUUCUUCACAAUCACAGGCCGUUCUUCAUGAGGAAGCAGGAAGCGGCGCUUGGGCCAGAAGCGAAAAAAACGCACCAAAGCCGAGCCUGGUGGAUCCGGAAGUGCGCAUCGCUGAUCCUGAGGUACUAGGUGUUAACCGUUGAUUUGUAUGUAGUGAGGCCGCGAGCGCUGGCGCUCUAAUCUGGCGGCUUUUUAAUUGCCAGACAGACAGCAAAGCGACCACAGCCUGACAAAAAGUGUUGCAGUUUGUUACACAAAUUAGAAGGAUUCGAGAAGGGCAUCACAAGCAACUUUUGUCAUGCAAGCCGUGCUGAGUAAGAGUAGCGGUAGCCUAGUUUUCGUGCGUGUGGUCCUUAAUCCUUUGGAAUCUCCACAUUAGAAGGAAGUUCGAUUUGUCAUGCCGAGCAAGUUUGUGUUGCUGAAGUCUUCUCGAAGGGGGCAACUGUAACGCUUUUGUUCUUGCGCAUUUUGCGGCUUGAGGCUUUUUUCUCCAUAGUCUUUCUCAAUGCCGCACCAAAUCCAAAACUCUUCAAUCCCCACAUUAGCUUUAUCUGGGAAGCGCAAUGCGUCUGAAUCUGCAGCUUCGCAGUAAUACGCCAUGAACUUAAUACUACUCUUCGAGGCUGAGCUGCAGCUAUUGUCUGUGGCCGUCCUUUAUCCUUUCCUUUCCCCAUCUGAUUCCGAAAAAACGCACAGCAACUGCACACUGGUCUCGGCGAGUGAGCGUCUACUUUAUCGAUGGCGGCUUGUGGUGAAAGCCGUACUGAAGUAGAAGUUGAAAAAUACAAAUUUACCAGGUGCUCCCCUUGUUGAAACAUCUCCGGGCCGGAGAGGUUUUCACGAUCAAAAUUGCAAACGAGAAGGAACCGCAGAAACCCUAUACCGUGUACCGCGUUGAUGACGAGGACGCCACCGCUGUCUUUGGUGCGCCGAAGCCUCCUCACUCGCUCGGUGCGGCAAAAGAACCUCUCCAGGAGCGGUUGGAGCUUUCGGGCGAAGAUGAAACUCUGCGUGUGUCUCCGAACUUCAAACUGGUGAACGUGGCAACUCAGCAUAAGAACAAUUUCGAGGCCUGUGGCGAUCUGCAGGCCUUGGGAGACGUCGGAGAUCAGGCGGCUGCAGAGCAGUUGUUUGUCUACCGUGCAAGUAUGGGCUACGCUACAAAACCGGGCUUUCAAGCGAAGCUUGUAAACCAAGAAAAAAUCGGUGGGUUGCCUUGGGUGUGUCUGAAACUGAAUGCUCAGCAGCAGGAGGGCAGCAUGUCGUGGGAACUGAAACUGGACGGGAAAAGUAUGAUCCUUGGGGGCUCGUUAUGCAAAGGUUAGUCGUGCCUUCGACCUAGCAUGAUGUUUCCGCACCCAUGAUAUUUUUUAACGCCAGGUCCCUCCUCGAUAAAAAGCCUACGGCAGGGGCACAGUCGACAUUAUGGUGUUUCGGCGAGUUAAGUAUCCUGCUACCGUGCCUGCGUCACGUAUGGCGUAGAUCAACCUGACAGGGCUGCGCCUGUAACUUGUGACUGGACCGCACUAAUAGACCCGUUUCGCCGCGACGAGUGCCCGGUGAUGUGCCCUUUUUUUCAUUACUGUGGCUAUGCUGUCGACGCUUAUCUUCCAAUUUUGUUGGCAUGAUAAUUAUUACUCUGCCGGGAUCUUCUCUUCGUGUCCAUCAUUGUACACCGACUCUUAAUGCGGAAACAUCUGCGUGGUUGGCCGCAGUUUUGGUCUCCAUUCGCCAUUAUUUUUACGGUCGGCCGCGAUGUUUCGGUGCAGGACGUGCGGUGGUCAGAUCAACUAAACCUCGUGCGGCCCAUUGUACGAAAGGGGGGAACCACGCCUCUAGUAGAGUCCUCCCGCGACGGAAAAAGCACUGCAUGGCCCUCCGGACAAGCCGGAAGCUUUACGAAAGGGACAAAGCUUCAGAUUUGAUGUUUUUGAUGAUGAUCAAGUAGAAUGCUCAUCUUCACGAUGCCCCCCCCAGAUGGGGCUUCAUGAGCAAAGAUUUUUUACAUGUGCCAUUUCCACUCUUCGUGAUGAUAGUCCAAUUUUCGAAUGACGUCAGGACGCAUGAUGGGCGGCGCGUGGCUAUCAUUGCAAUUCCAUCGGAAUAAUGAAGCCGUGCCAGCUGCGAUGUUUUAUGCGCUACUUUUGACGAAAUUCGAAUUCGUCAGGUACUCAGCUUGAUAAAAAGAACGAGAAUUAAUACGAGUCAAACAAGGCUUCGACUUAACAACGUUUUUCCGUAUUGCUUUAAGAGCCGUGCCUCCUCGCUCCAACAUCGGGGCUUCUCUUCACGAUGAUCACCAGUCAAAAAGUUGCACAGAACUAUUUUGUUCUGCCAGAAAAACAGUAGGGAAAGCAACAGUAGAGGACACGUCGUGCAUAGACAUUUUCAUAUUUUGAUGCAACUUGCCGUGGGCUGGGGGAGUACUAGAGGUCGAGGUUUGGUCCUUUCGAUACGCGCAAAUUGAUCUGGUGCAGCCGCAGGCAAUGCUGGGAAGCGAAAUUGCGACUGGGGGUGGGCCCCCUGCUGCAGAGGUGGGGCUUGUCGACCCUGCAGUCAAAGAUCCGCUGGACGAUCUGGAGCGAAAAGUACGGCAGGGCGCAUACUCCUUCCGAAUUGUUUUCGCACAAGGGAGCGCUGCCAGUGAAGAAGGAGCGUUCAAAACCGCGAUUUUUACCUCACCCGACUACGUCUCGAUGCUUGCGUACGACGAAACAUCAGAACGCCCUGCGAGAAAGAAAUUGGCAUCGGACCAUCGGGACUUUUCUUUGGUUGACCACAUCCGUUCCGGUCCUACGCCUGGCUCUCCUCUAUGUGGGAAGGUGAAGGCCACCGAACCCAAAGAUUCUGGAAAGUGCUUGGGGUGGCAGCGGAAAGGGCCUGGACUGUCUGAGGUUGACUGUCGGACUCUUGGAUUGGUCUUCUGCUUCCAUGCAAAGCCGCGGGCGUCGGACGAUGCCUCUCAACCCCGUUUCACCAUUACGCACACGGCCAGCAAGACGGAAUCGUUCAAAUUAGCGGUACGGAGGUGGAAAAAAAACAAGAAAACCCAUAUCGUGGAUUGAUAAAUUGCCGUUCCUCUUUUUGAAUGUCUCACAAAGCCUGGUCAUGGGAUAUGUUUUAGGACCUGGCGAGUUCAAAGAGAAAGAUGCCAUUGUAGCAGCUCUCCUCUGCCACUGCAUUUUUGUCAUGAAAAGGUAGAACGGCUUGGAACAGUGCAUUAGGUAGAAGCCAACAUGCCGGCAGUGGGGGGAAAAUAACAAGGAUUACAAUAUCAUAACCACGGAAGAUGGGUUCAGAAGUUUUCAUUUUGAUACGAAUUGCCGGAAGGUGAAUCCCCGUACGUGCACCUGUUUUAUGAAGAACAAAGGUAUCUUUUCCCAUCGGAUAAUAUUGGACAGACCAGUCCGUGUCCGACCCGUCUUGCUUGAAAAAUAGCUUGUAGACAUGCAUCCGCAGUAGAAACUUCCAGGGGCGCCUGCCCCUGUGCAGUGACAUGAGCCCCUCUUGUGUGUUGCCGCAAGGAGCAUGCGCAGCGUCCCCUUUUAGCUGUGCGCGCAAAGUACGCGUUUUGUGCUUGUACGUACACAUCGGUUUUUGUAUGGGACGUGGCACGACGGUGGGCGGAGGUCCGAUAUUGAGUGGUGGGAAAAGAAGGCUUCACGUCAAUACGCAACCUGACGGGGAAAUCACAAAGAGCCACGCAACCGAAGUCUUGUUGCCCGCGACGGUACAGUUUAGAUGCGUUGCUUAUUCCUUAUUUGGCAACCCAAUUGACCGACAUUCAGCUAUCUCUCCACGACACGAAAACAGAUGAGAGCUGUUGCCCGCAUCACAUGUAUCACGAAGUGAAAACGCGGCACUGCGGGGCUUGCUUACUUAAAUUUAACUUCGGCCCCUUCGGUGGGGGCCUUUUUUGGUAAUGACAAAUAUUAAUCGUCCCCGGGGGCUCCCUGCGGCUGCGAGAUAGCUGCUUUUAGUUUGCGUCUUGCGAGACAAGAGAGGCCGGGUGUCGUGGGCUGCCCUCUAGGCCGCGCAGUUUGCCGUUCUCUUGCUAGAACUGGUGCCGCUUGCCCGCUUCUUGCAAAAAAUUCACCGAUGUCAGGAGAAGUGUGUUAUCCUUUCGGCAGCAAAAGAGGCGUCGGAGGUCAGCCGGAUGCCUCGCCGGCCGCAUUGUGGCAUGCAAGUGCGCUGCGAGAGGGAAUUUACGUUCUCCGAAGGAAAUUGGGCAAGCCAGCGUGACCGUGUGUGCCGAAUACCCCUACUUGGUCGCUUAGUGUGUUAAGUACUUACAACCAACAACAGGGCGAGGUUUUGCGUCAGGCGGAAGAGAAGCUCAAAGAGGCAGCAGAGGCAAAAGCGGCAGCUGCAACUCCCCAACUCCCACAGGUACUGAAAGAAGUUUACGAAAAGUGAUCUGUUUUGUUGUUUUAUUCCGUAUUCUUUCCAUUCUAAAUUUGAACUGCGUUGUCGUCGUCCAACACUUCGAAUGAAUCCAUACCAACCUGGUGCGCCGGAGCGAUCACGUCAUCCAGGGAACUAGAUGUCGUACUUGCUCCUCUGGGGGUCAAAAAGACAUGCUCACGACGGCCUUCUCUGACUAUGAUUCAUCUUGACUUGUCUCUCGUUUUCGUCUUCAUGGCAAAACGACAAACAAGUGGAAAAGAAAAUCUGUCAGUGUCACAUCCAUCACGAAGUGCAACGUGAUGAAGGCGAAUUCAAUUUUUCAUAUGCUCAACGAGACGGAAGCGGGACGCUGCUUUGCCCGCUUGUUUUUACAAAUUCGAAUUUUAUUUCGGGGACAGUUGAGUGGGACUGGGACUUGUCAUUGUUUGCCUCUGGGAGAAGCUUGUCCGGAUUAUCAAAUUUCCUACUUGAGAAUCCAAGUCUCCGCUUAUUUCGGCCUUAUUUCACCCUAGAAGUACGAGGCGCCCGUCGCGGACGACCUGGCGAAGUGGAGCCUUUUCAUCUCGGUCCGGAUACAUAUUUUUACCGAGCAGACGGAGGAGACCGCGGACAUUUCGUCGUCCGGGUCGUGCGCCGUUGUUUGCUUUUUUAACUGCUGGCGGAGGCCACUCGCAAACAAAGCAGUUAACAGAACGACAGCCAGUUGUAUUUCCCGUAACUAGAGAAGCCGCGUAAACGCAAAAGAGGCAUUACGACACUCGGUCGCAAAGCAAAACUCGCUCAGCAAGACAAUCUAUCGUACUUACAACAGCCGCAACCGGUACAGCCGGCGCAACCGGAACAGCCGGAAGAAGAAGAAGAAGAAGAAGAUGA